AUGAAAUAUUCAUGUGUUCAAUGGAAUGAUCUACCCGAUGAAAUUCUUAUGAUUAUUUUAAAAAAUUUGACUAAUGCAGAAGUACUUUAUUCUUUAUUAGGCGUCAAUAAACGACUAAAUAAUAUUGCAGUUGAUCCCGUUUUUACAAAUAAUUUAUCUCUUGUGAUGUCUACAUUGGAUGGUUUGGUUUAUUCAUUACCUGAUCCAAUACUUGAUCGAUUUUGUUUACAUAUUUUACCUAAAAUUCAUCAAAAUAUUGAAUGGCUUCAUCUUCAAUCACGAUCAAUGGAACGCUUUCUUCGUGCUACAAAUUUUCCGAAUUUGUAUGGCAUUAGUUUACAUAAUAUUCAAGCAAAAACAGCUAUAGAUCUUUUUACGGAACAAACUUCCGUAAUUCAUACUUUGAAAAAUCAACUUUUAUCAUUUACUAUCGACAUUAGUAUAAAAGGAACAGAAUGUUAUAAACGAGACAAUUAUGCAAUUAUAUUUAAUCAUAUCCUGACUAUGUUCACUAAUUUACAAUAUUUAAAUUUUGGUCGAUCUUCAAUUUACGAUGAUCGAUUAUUCUUUUGUAUGAGACGUUCAACUGUUAUCUCUACAAAUUUGUUAGAAUUACAUGUCUCUUUGCAUAUUUUUGAUGAUUGUCUUUAUUUACUUGAUGGACAUUUCAAUCAACUUCGUUCAUUUUAUGUUGAUGUUUGUAUGAUUUUCUCUUCGGAUAGAACUGUUAACAAUACGAAAGAACUACCUAGUUUAAAAUGCUUUUGUCUACACUGUAAGACGAUAACAACUGUUUAUGAUGAAUUAGUUGUGCCACUUUUACAUCGAAUGUCGAAUUUAGAAAAGCUUGAUUUGUCUAUUACUGUACGUGAAAGGAAAACAGUUUUUGAUGGUAAUGAUUUGAAGAUGAAUAUCAUUAAUUAUAUGCCAAAAUUAAACAAUUUCACAUUUAAUAUUCAUUCAUUAAGUAGUUUCUAUAAAAAAAUUAAUUUAUCAUUAAAUCAAGAUAUUCAAAAGACUUUCAGAGUUCUUAAUGAUAAACAAAUAAUCUAUUGGACUGAUUAUUUUCCAAAACAAAAGAAAGGUCAUUGCCAUAUUUAUUCAUGUCCAUAUAAACUAAACGGUUACAAUUAUAUAACAAAUAAUUUUCCAGGUGGAAUAUUCAAAUCUGUUCGUGAAGUAUCAUUAUUUGAUGAACGGCCUUUUGAACAUGAAUUUUUCCUUCAAAUUGCUCAAUCAUUUCCAUUUUUGGAAAAAUUAUGUGUACGUAAUUACGAACGACAAAUGUAUAAAGAAUGUAGUAAAUCAAUCAAUGGAAAGCAACAUUUAUCAAUCAUUAAAUAUCCUUAUCUUAAACAACUGAAUAUUAUUUGUACUUGCAAAGAUUACCAUGAACAAUUCUUAUUCGAUACUAAAACGUGUUUACCAUUUGAUGUUCGUGUUAGUAUGUAUUAUAAACGAGUGAAACAAGUGACAUGUAAUUUCACAAGUAAUAGAACACGAAAUAAUUGUGCAAAAAUGAAUUACGUUAAUUUAUAUAUAAGAAUAAAAAUUGUUGGAGAUCCUGAGAAUUUUUGUGGUGAAACACGAGAACUUUCUGAACAUAUAAAAAGUUAUUUUCCUCGUACGCAAAUAGAUUGUUUAUUGUGA